AUGAAUUCGACUGCAGUGCAAUUCAGUCCUGUCAAGGACGGACGCCAAAUCCUCGGCGAGAAGGAUACCAACGCGUGUCUAUCCCCCGCCCACACCAAAUCCUCAUUCCCUGCCAUUGGGACACCCGUGAAGCGGGCGUCAAUGGCAAUCUCGCCCCGAAAACUCCUCCCAUCUCCGAUAUUUGCAGGCCAGAAACGGACAAGAGAUCAGAUCGACGAGACAGAAGAGACCAUAGAGCCCAUUCACAUGCGGGAAAUCUCCCCGCAACCUGCCCAAUCCCUAGUACACGAUAUGCAAAACCAGCAGCAACACCACCAAACCUCCGACGUGACGAACACCCACAUCCCAACACCACAAAACUCACAGCCCGAAUAUGAGGAAGCACACGAUCAGACGGAACCCGAAGUCUUCCAUGCUCCCCGCACACCAGAACCAGAGACGCGUAGUGUGCCAGAGGGCUCUGACGCGCGCAAAAUGUUCAUUCAAGAAAAAGCAUCCCUCCUCCGUUCGAGGCUCCAAAGUGCAAUGCGCAACGUGACCGAUCACCAAUUCGACCGCCGGGUCUCGGAUCUAGAAGCCCAUAGCCGCAAAUGCCCACGACUCUCAUUCUCCGUUCUUGCCACGCCACCUCUCUCGUCUCGCAAACAAUUCACAACAUUCCCUUCCUCUCACUUGAAGACGCCUCGUAUUGGCACCACUGGCUUCAUCUCCACACCCCUCCACAGCACCCCCGAUCUCCCAGGUCGACCCUCGCCAUUGUCUUCCAGCAUUGUCCAACCCCGCACAAAGAAACACACACGGACCCCACCCAGGCAUCUGGGAUCUCCAAUGCAGCUCAGCAGCCCCCCAGCCACAGUCACCCGCCACGAUCAAGAAAGACAAAGCAUGGGACCCCGCGCUGAACUGAUGGACGGCUAUAUCUCGCCGUCACAGCGCGGGGACGCGGUUGACGGCCUCCUCAAGUUGAUGAGCACUGCAGGGAACCAGAGCUCAGAUGCCUGGACUGGAUGA